CUGAAGCGACAUUGGAAAGACACAGAGAGACACUUGCUCUCUGUGCUCCAUCCCAAAGGCAGCGCAAUGGCCUCAGAGGCACCGUCUGGAUUGUCUCUUCCUUGGAGAAGAGUGGGAAGAGGUGCAGGGCGGCCACCUCAGGCUCCCUUGACCUUUGAGGAGGUGGCUGUGUAUUUCUCCGAGGAGGAGUGGGCUCUGCUGGAUCCUGAGCAGAGAGCUCUGCAUAGGGAAGUCAUGGAGGAGAAUUACCAGACGGUGGCCUCUCUAGGAUCGUACCUCUACUCUUGUUGGGAAGGAGGAGAAGAUCCAGUGAUCCAGGAACCCAAAGAAGAGGAGACUCCGGCAGCAGAUGAUGGGCAGAAAAAUAAGAAUUACACAGAACCACAGAUGAUGUCAUUGGUAACAGGAAAGUGUGAAGCACAAAAAGAGGUGUUUGGAAAUCAAGGGGAACCAAGAAAGUCUGGAACAAACGAAUCAAAGAAUGGGAGGAAGAAAUCCUCUACUUCUCAGCUUUUGCAUGAAAGAACCCACACAGGAGGGAAACCAUUUAAAUGCAUGGAAUGUGGAAAGAGCUUCAGUGUGAGCAGUAACCUUAUUAGACAUCAGAGAACCCACACAGGAGAGAAACCAUUUGAAUGUAUGGAGUGCGGAAAAAGCUUUAGUGUGAGUAGUCACCUUACUGUACAUCAACGAACCCACACAGGGGAGAAACCAUUUAAGUGCAUGGAAUGUGGAAAGAGCUUCAGCUGCAGCAGUAGUCGUUUUAAACAUCACAGAAGGCACACAGGAGAGAAACCAUUUAAAUGCAUGGUGUGUGGAAAGAGCUUCAGCCAGAGCAGUACACUUACUGUACAUCAACAAACACACACAGGGGAGAAACCAUUUAAAUACAUGGAGUGUGGCAAGUGCUACAGUUCAAGUAGUGAGCUUACUGUACAUAAGAGAACCCACACAGGGGAGAAACCAUUUAAAUGCAUGGAGUGUGGAAAGAGCUUCAGCCAGAGAGGUAACCUUACUUUGCAUCAAAGAACCCACACAAUGGAGAAACCAUUUAAUUGUGUGGAGUGUGGAAAAAGCUUCAGUAUGAGACAUACACUUAAUAUACAUCAAAGAACCCACACAGGGGAAAAACCAUUUAAAUGCAUGGUGUGUGGAAAGAGCUUCAGUGUGAGUAGUAAACUUACACAACAUCACAGAAGGCACACAGGGGAGAAACCAUUUGAAUGCAUGGUGUGUGGAAAAAGCUUCAGCCAGAGCAGUACACUUACUUUACAUCAACAAACACACACAGGGGAGAAACCAUUUAAAUGCAUGGAGUGUGGCAAGCGCUACAGUUCAAGUACUGAGCUUACUGUACAUAAGAGAACCCACACAGGGGAGAAACCAUUUAAAUGCGUGGAAUGUGGAAAGAGCUUCAGGCAGAGAGGUCACCUUACUUUGCAUCAAAGAACCCACACAGGGGAGAAACCAUUUAAUUGCAUGGAGUGUGGCAAGCGCUUCAGUUCAAGUAGUGAGCUUACUGUACAUCAAAGAAUCCACACAGGUGAGAAACCAUUUAAAUGCAUAGAAUGUGGAAAGAGCUUCACCCAGAGAGGUCAACUUACUGUACAUCGAAGAACCCACACAGGGGAGAAACCAUUUCAAUGCAUGGAGUGUGGAAAGAGAUUCAGCAAGAGAGAUCAACUUACUGUACAUCGAAGAACCCACACAGGGGAGAAACCAUUUAAAUGCAUGGAGUGUGGAAAGAGUUUCAAGGGGAGCAGUUCACUUACUUCACAUCACAGAACCCACACAGGGGAGAAACCCUUUAAAUGCAUGAAGUGUGGAAAGAGCUUCAGCCACAGCAGUACACUUACUAAACAUCAAAGAACCCACACAGGGGAGAAGCCAUGUAAAUGCAUUGAGUGUGGAAAGAGCUUCAGGCAGAGCAGUUCACUUAUUGUACAUAAAAGAACCCACACAGGGGAGAAACCCUUUAAAUGCAUGGAGUGUGGAAAGAGCUUCAGCCACAGCAGUACACUUAAUAAACAUCAAAGAACCCACACAGGGGAGAAACCAUUUAAAUGCAUGGAAUGUGGAAAGAGCUUCACUGUGAGCGGUAACCUUACUGAACAUCAGAGAAGGCACACGGGAGAAACCAUUUAAAUGCAUGGUGUGUAGAAAGAGCUUCAGCUAGAGGAGUACACUUAUUGUACAUGAACGAACCCACACAGGGAAGAAACCAUUUAAAUGCAUGGAAUGUGGAAAGCGCUUCAGUGUGAGCAGUAAACUCACUGUACAUCAAAGAAACCAUAUGGGAGAAACCAUUUAAAUGGAUCGAGUGUUGAAAGAGCUUCAGUUCAAGUAGUGAGCUUACUGUAUAUCAAAGAACACACACGGGAGAAACCGUUUAAGUGCAUGAAAUAUGGAAAGAUCUUCAUUAUGAGCAGUAGCCUUACUGUACAUCAGAGAAAGCACACAGGAGAGAUACCAUUUCAAUGCACCGAAUGUGGAAAGUGCUUCAGAGAUAGGGCAACAUUUACUACACAUCAGCAAGCAAACAUGGGGAAAACCAUUUAAAUGCAUGGAGUGUGGAAAGAGCUUCAGACUGAGCAGUUCACUGACUGUACAUCAAAGAACCCACACAUGGAAAACCCAUUGAAAUGCUUGGUGUGUGGAUAGAGCUUCAGGAAGAGCAGUUCACUUACUUCACAUCAAAGAACCCACACAGGAGAAACGAUUUAAAUGCACAGCUUGUGGGAAAAGCUUCAUUGUAAGCAGUAAGGUUACUGAACAUGAACAAAUAAACACGGGGGGAAGCUAUUUAAAUGCAUGGUAAGUAUCAUGAACUGAUACCGGUUCAGUCCCAGGACUCAGUUUGCAAACCCAAGGCAAUUGAUCCUGGCAAGACACAAACAUCAAGAGUGAGAUGAGGCAGACUAUGAUUAGGGCACCUUUUCUAGCCCCCUCCCCAUACGGGGUGAGCAGAGUGGAUACUGAAUAGGACUGCUCAGUCAUGGCUAUAGCUGCCGAACUACUCAGCUGCCUCGGUCCUUGAGCCAGGACGACUGAGUCUGUAUCCACCACCCAUGUGCGGGUCCAUGACUAGGGGCUUCCGGAUUUCACAUGAAAGAACCCACGCAGGGGAGAAACCAUUUAAAUGUAUGGAGUGUAGAGAGAGCUUUAGAGUAAAUUAUGAGCUUAGUGUACAUCAAUGAACAUCCACAGGAGAGAAAACAUUUAAGUGCAUGGAGUGUGGAAGGAGCUUUAGACAGAGCAGUUCACUUAUUGAACAUCAUAGAACCCACAUGGGACAAACCAUUUAACUGCAUGUAGUGUGAAAAGAGCUUCAGUGUAAGUAGUGAUCUUACUGUAAACCAGUGAACAAACACGGGAGAAACCAUUUAAGUGCAUGGAAUGUAGAGAGAGCUUCAGUUGCAGCAGCAACUUUACUAAGCGUAAAGGAACCCACACAUGGGAGAAAUCUUUCAGAUGUACGGAGUGUGGAAAGAGCUUCAGUGUAUUAGUGAGCUUACCAUCCAUCAACGAACACACAUGAAAGAAACCAUUGUAAUGCAUUGCUUAUGGAAAGAGCUUCUGUCAGAAUGGUUACCUUACUGUACAUGACAGAACAUGCACAUGUGAGAGAGACCAUUUAAAUUCUGUAAUGUGAGAGCCAGUGUGGUGUAGUGGUUAAGGUGUUGGACUACGACCUGGGAGACCAGGGUUUGAAUCCCCACAUAGCCAUGAAGCUCACUGGGUGACCUUGGGCCAGUCGUUGCCUCACAGCCUCAGAGGAAGGCAAUGAUAAACCCCCUCUGAAUACUGCUUACCAUGAAAACCCUAUUCAUAGGGUCUCCAUAAGUCGGAAUCGACUUGAAGGCAGUACAUUUACAUUUAAUGUGGAAAGAGUUUCAGCCAAUCAGUGUAAGUCCCCCUCCCCUCAUUCCAGACUACGACAUCCUGAAAUUCCCCUUUGGGGGGAUAUAUGCCGGCUUAAUUUACCAGCCAGCUGAACUCUGGCCGAGCUGCGUUGGGCCGGCUGAGUUGUGGCUGAGCCAGGAUGAUGGCCUUAUAGCAGCAUAGCCUGGCUGACCUGGGACCCAUCUAGCUCAGCUGGAUAUCUGCCAUAUCCUAACUCCCCUCAGCCCGGCAUAAAUACCUAUACAUUUUGCCCUUAGUGUAAGCAGUAGCCUUACUAGAAACCACAGAAUUCCGUUCAAAUGCAUGGUAUGUGGAAAGAACUUCAGUGUUAGCCUUACUUUAAAUCAACUAGAGGACUGAAGGAAUUCAGGUGAGCUAGUGCUGAAUUUAGCAACGUUACGUUUGUAGUUAAUUUUAAU